ACUGAGUCAGUAUUGAUGAUCAAAAUUCCGCUGACUGUUAAAACGACUUUGAAGAUUAUGCUUUACGCGGAUGAUUUCGAGGAAGAACUUCGAGAGGAGUACGGCAAGAUUUUCCACAAUAUUGCGUAUAUCAGGGCUAGAAAGCUGGGAGACAGAGAAAAUAACCCGAGAAAAGACAAAAAGGAGGACAUUUUAUCGCAAGCUACAUCUUACGAGAAAAGGUAUGAAGAAGACAUUGAGUUACGAAGAGACAAGUGGCCUGUACAGGGUGCUAACAGAUGGGAAUCGGACAUUAUGUCAGAUGGGGUGAACACCAAGCCGCUUAGCCCUAAAGCCCAAAGUGCUAAAGACACCGGUCCUUGGGAGGGUGAAUCUCAAACGUUUCAGUCAGAUCCCUCGCUGUACGAAAAGGUUGCGCAAGAUUUAGAAACGGUAUUCAGCAGAUGCGCGAUGGUGAAUCCAACUGUUAACUCUUUCCGCACGGAGGGUAUGGAGGGUGAGAAAAAUGCCGAAAAUAG